AUGUCCACAACCGAUCACCCGGAGUCGGGGGCAAACACCAACAGAGAUAUCAACCAACCCCCAACCACAACACCGCAGGACCAACAACAGACCUCACCGACCACAGAGCUCCAAGCCCAGCCAGACCUCGCCGCUGAUACAUUCAUCCCAUCUGCCCAUGACCAAACACCCAUGAACCAGAUCCAGAUCCACCCCGCGACUGGCCCUGGUGGCGAAAGCGAAUUCGCCCCCGAGACAACAUCACCGACCACCAACCCUUCUCAAACUUUCGAUAACGAACCUGCUGUCGCGCUGGCAAAACUGACUACAUCACCUUCAAUGGAUACCGACGAGCGAAAGAAUGCGCCCGAGACUUCGACCGAGCACUCCGAUGAUGGCUCCGGGAAGGAAGUCGAGGAGGAUGAUGCUGGCCCGGCGCUGGUGAUCACGCUGCUGUUGACAACGGGGUCGCGACAUCCGUUUACUAUCGAUGGAAACUAUCUAAGGAAGCGAUCGGUGAAUGUUGAGAACUUUGAUCCGUUCUUGAUGAGCGUCUACACGCUAAAGGAGUUGAUCUGGCGCGAAUGGAGACCUGAUUGGGAGACCCGUCCCUCGUCACCGAGCUCUAUCCGUCUUAUUUCGUUCGGGAAGUUGUUAGAUGAUAAAUCGCCUAUUUCUGACUCCAAGUUCAGCAAGGAACAUCCAAACGUCAUCCAUAUGACCGUCAAGCCGCAAGAAGUCGUCGACGAUGAAGAUGCAAAGGGAACCAAGACACAAUACAGCCGGGAGCGCGAAGCAAGUGAGCGCAGCCCUGGAUGCCGAUGCGUGAUCCAAUAA